AUGGGAAUCGCCCCCCUCCGGCUGCAGCAAAUGAGGCUUCUGCCGAACACUGAAUUCCUCGACUUGCAAUUUUGGCUCCUGCCGCCCACUCCAGACUCAGGUGAGUACAGUUGGCUGUGA